AUUAGAAUAUUAUAUGUGUUCUCUUCCUAGGCCUGAAGCUGGCCCUGCUUGCCCUCCUGGGGCUCCUGGGGGCCGAGUCCCGGCAGCCCCGAAGCCCCCUUUCCCAUGGUAUGGCUCCCUUGACUUGCAAAGGGUCCGGAUGCAAGGAUGUCAAGUGGGCCAGGAUUCGAACUCCGAUCCCUGUCUUUCCAGCCUUCUCCAAGGAGCUCCUGAAGAGCGUGGAAGAAGCCAUGCAGCUGGUCAACCGGGCCUACCAACGCACCCAAGAGCGGUUGAAGGAGAAGCUCCAGAGCGAGACGGCCAAGCCGGCCCACAUCUUGGUGGCCUUUAAGCAGCCGGCCGGAAACACCCGGGCCGCCGUCCGAGCCGCCGACUACCUCCACACCACGUUCGGCCUCCUGAAAGAGCGGCUGCGGGCGGACGGGGACAGGGAUUUCAACAUCACAGAUGUGCUCACCCCGGCCCAGAUGCAAACCAUCUACAAGGCAACUGGGUGCUGCCACCAAGAGACCAGUACAACCCAGUGCAACUUCACCAGCCCCUACCGGACCAUCACAGGCGAAUGCAACAACAGGAGGAUCCCGACCCUGGGGGCCCAGAACCGGCCGUAUGCCCGAUGGCUCCCGCAGGAAUACGAAGACGGCGUCUCCCUCCCCCGCGGGUGGACCCCGCAGAAGCGCUACUUCGGCUUUCCUCUGCCCAACGUCCGGGCUGUCUCCAACCGCAUCGUCCGCUUCCCCAACGAGAAGCUCACCGACGACCGUUACCGCUCCGUCAUGUUCAUGCAGUGGGGCCAGUUCCUCGACCACGACAUGGACUUCGGGCCCGGCACCACCGCCACCCUCACCUUCAGGGCAGGAGCCGACUGCGAGAGCUGCGUCAAAGCGGCCCCAUGCUUCCCCAUCGAGAUCCCACCCAAUGACCCCACCAAAAAACGGGGCGACUGCAUCCCCUUCACCAGGGGGGCUCCGGCUUGCAACGGCGGCUACGCCAUCCGAAACCAGAUCAACGCCCUCACGCCAUUCAUCGACGCCAGUAUGGUGUACGCCAGCGAGGUGAAAUGGGCCCGGGACCUGAGGAACCUCACCAACGAUCUGGGGCUGAUGGCCAUCAACCAGAACUUCACGGACAAAGGACGAGCCUACCUCCCUUUUGGCACCCCUGAAGGCUUCGUAGAUACGUGCCGGAUGACCAAUAAGACCUUCAACAUCUCCUGUUUCUUUGCAGGGGACAAUCGGGUCAAUGAGAUGCCGGCGCUGGCCGUCUUGCACACGCUCUUCCUCCGCGAGCACAACCGCCUGGCCACCGAGCUGAAGAGGCUGAAUCCGCAGAAGGGCGGGGACGACAUCUACGAAGAGGCGCGGAAAAUCGUCGGCGCCAUGAUCCAGAAAAUCACCUACUCCGAGUUCAUCCCGCUGCUCCUGGGCAACGCGGCCCCUCGCUCCUGGCACCAGUACCGGGGCUACAACGAGUCGGUGGACCCCCGCGUGGCCAGUGUCUUCACCAACGCCUUCCGCUUCGGCCACACCAUCGUGCGCAACGUGGUCUUCCGCCUGGACAGCCGCUUCCGGCUCCAGAGCCAGACCCCGCUCCACCACGAGUUCUUCGCCACAUGGAGGAUCAUCAAGAACGGAGGCAUCGAUCCCAUUCUGCGAGGUCUCCUGGCCAAACCAGCGAAGCUGCCCCGACAGGACCAGAUGGUGGUGGAGUCCCUCCGAGACCGUCUCUUUGAGCAAGUCUCCCGGAUCGGCCUGGACCUGCCUUCACUCAACAUGCAGCGGGGCCGGGAGCAUGGCCUGCCAGGUUACAAUGCCUGGAGGCGUUUUUGCGGCCUUUCCCAGCCUCGCAAUGAAGCCGAACUGGGCCAAGUCCUUAGGAACCCCGGCCUGGCCAAGAAGUUCAUCCAGCUCUAUGGGACGCCCAACAACAUCGACCUCUGGGUGGGAGGGGUGGCUGAGCCCCUCGUCCCCAAUGCCAGGGUCGGACCACUCUUCGCCUGCAUCCUUCGCACCCAGUUCCAAAAGGUCCGGGACGGGGACAGGUUCUGGUGGCAGAGUCCCGCCACGUUCACGCCUGCCCAGCGCAGGGCCCUCAGCCAGGUGACCCUCUCCCGCAUCAUCUGCGACAACACCGGCAUCCGGCAGGUCCCUCGCUUCGUUUUCCGGGGGAACCGAUUCCCGCGGAGCUUCGUCAGCUGCAAGGCCAUCCCGCGGCUGAGCCUCUUCCCCUGGAAGGCCACGUGCGAGUCCCAGGGACACGGAACGCCAAGCGGUCAGGGGCGGCUGAAGCUAUAAGCGGGUACCUUCGCUUUCCUGAUUGCAGGAGAAAGUCUCAUUUUCUUAUUGCUAUAUUCUCACUGGCCACUGAGAAUAAACGUCAUUUUUUCUACAGCCACCGGAACUCUCUUUGUCUCAUUUCCUCAAACCUUUGUCUGCCAUUUCAUCAUGAUCCCCCAUCUCAUGGCAUCUCCGAACAUAGAGCAAGCGCUGACAAAGAACAGAUGCCAGCCAUAAAACCGGCCAGCCAAAAAACCUCAAUUACCCUUUGGUAUGUGAGAGCCCCUAUAUAAAUGGGCCAAAAAGAAGAUUCUGGUAUUCUGUACAAUAAAAACCUGUUGGAAUCUACCCAGCGUUUUUUUUUGUUCUUUCUUCUGGAAAGACUUAACCCACAGCACAGCUGGAAGAAGAGAACCUAACAAUCCAUAAAACCUCAAUUACCCUCUGGUAUGUGAGAGCCCCUAUAUAAAUGGGCUACAGAGAAGAUUCUGGUAUUCCGUACAAUAAACCUGUUUGAAUCUAACCAGCGUGUGUCUUGGUGCUUUCUUCUGGGAAGACUUAACCCACAGCACAACUGGAAGAAGAGAACCUAACAAUCCAUAAAACCUCAAUUACCCUCUGUUAUGUGAGAGCCCCUAUAUAAAUGGGCUACAGAGAAGAAUCUGGUAUUCCGUACAAUAAACCUGCUUGAAUCUACCCAUCGUGUGUCUUGGUGCUUUCUUCUGGGAAGACUUAACCCACAGCACAACUGGAAGAAGAGAACCUAACAAUCCAUAAAACCUCAAUUACCCUCUGGUAUGUGAGAGCCCCUAUAUAAAUGGGCUACAGAGAAGAAUCUGGUAUUAUGUACAAUAAAACCUGUUUGAAUCUACCCAGCGUGUGUCUUGGUGCUUUCUUCUGGAAAUACUUAACCCACAGCACAACUGGAAGAAGAGAACCUAACAAUCCAUAAAACCUCAAUUACCCUCUGGUAUGUGAGAGCCCCUAUAUAAAUGGGCUACAGAGAAGAUUCUGGUAUUCCGUACAAUAAACCUGUUUGAAUCUAACCAGCGUGUGUCUUGGUGCUUUCUUCUGGGAAGACUUAACCCACAGCACAACUGGAAGAAGAGAACCUAACAAUCCAUAAAACCUCAAUUACCCUCUGGUAUGUGAGAGCCCCUAUAUAAAUGGGCUACAGAGAAGAAUCUGGUAUUAUGUACAAUAAAACCUGUUUGAAUCUACCCAGCGUGUGUCUUGGUGCUUUCUUCUGGAAAUACUUAACCCACAGCACAACUGGAAGAAGAGAACCUAACAAUCCAUAAAACCUCAAUUACCCUCUGGUAUGUGAGAGCCCCUAUAUAAAUGGGCUACAGAGAAGAAUCUGGUAUUAUGUACAAUAAAACCUGUUUGAAUCUACCCAGCGUGUGUCUUGGUGCUUUCUUCUGGGAAGACUUAACCCACAGCACAACUGGAAGAAGAGAACCUAACAAUCCAUAAAACCUCAAUUACCCUCUGGUAUGUGAGAGCCCCUAUAUAAAUGGGCUACAGAGAAGAAUCUGGUAUUAUGUACAAUAAAAUCUGUUUGAAUCUACCCAGCGUGUGUCUUGGUGCUUUCUUCUGGAAAUACUUAACCCACAGCACAACUGGAAGAAGAGACCCUAACAAUCCAUAAAACCUCAAUUACCCUCUGGUAUGUGAGAGCCCCUAUAUAAAUGGGCUACAGAGAAGAAUCUGGUAUUAUGUACAAUAAAACCUGUUUGAAUCUACCCAGCGUGUGUCUUGGUGCUUUCUUCUGGAAAUACUUAACCCACAGCACAACUGGAAGAAGAGACCCUAACAAUCCAUAAAACCUCAAUUACCCUCUGGUAUGUGAGAGCCCCUAUAUAAAUGGGCUACAGAGAAGAAUCUGGUAUUAUGUACAAUAAAAACCUGUUUGAAUCUA